AUGUCCACAGGCUCUACAAAUCCCAACGGCUCAAACCGAAUCUUAACAGACGACGGAAAAGCGCUUCAACCCAAUUAUCAAUCGAUCAUCGAUAAACUCCGCAAUGUUUCGCAAAAGCGUUCAGCGAAAGGAAUAUCUCCUGACUGGGUGAUCUGGCAUACCGAUGCUGGUGACGACAAGAUGUCAGAUCAUGACGAUCUUGUGGCCGGAAUGAAUAUUGCAUCUCUUGCGACAUUGGGUAUUGUCGAUCUGAAAGGAAUUACGACCACUGGUUUACACAGGAAGCACAACGCUUCGAUCGUAAAGGGGUUUAUGAAGAGUUUUGGUUUACCUGACGUCCCAGUAUGGUACGGGACAGAAGAGUUUGAUCCAAACGAUCACGAUAAAGAUAGACUCGAGCGAACUAGGAAGAGAGCAGAUACCAUGACGAGCAAGGACCCCAAUACCAAAUGGCAGAGAUUUCACCAGAUCGAUACCGAUAUUCGUAGCACCAAGAAGUCGGAUAUCAAACCCAAUGAUUACAUCACAGGGUUUUCUCAGAUCUGCGAUGAAGCAAAAGGGGAAGAGAGAAAGAUCAAAAUGGCAAUUACCACUGGUCAUCAGACUGUCAACAGCCUGUUAAGUAAUCCUGAAACGGCCACGAAGUUCACCGGCCAAGUUGAGAAAGUAGUCUUUCAAGGUGGUAUGCAUUUCGACAAUGGGAAGAUUCUCCCGGCGGAAGAUGCAAGAAACAACUUUUACAACAUCAGUGCAUGUCGGGAAUUCCUCGGUAAACUUCAAGCAAGCAACAUUCCAACUGACUGCUAUACGAAGAACGCAGCGACGGCUUGUGCGAUCGAGCCACCUUUCCUAUCCGAAUUGGCGAGGACUGGUCACCCAGGGGGCAGAUUCGUGCAUGAGCUUGCGAGUAGUGUUGAUGCGACUCAAUUCUUUGAUACCCUCAACGAGGAUCGAUUGUUCAGCAAGAACUUCACCACAGACCUGUUCCUGAAGUUCAAGACCACUCUCGACCCCGAGGAAGCUGCUGAGAAGAAGAAAUUCUUCGUCAAUAAAUGGGGACAUCAAGAUAAGUCUACGAUGACCAAAGAGGAAUACACACAUUACUUAUCGGACUAUAACGAACAUCUAGGUGAUUCUGUUAAAGCGGUUCCUUAUGAUCCGGAGGUGAUUGUAGGUUUGAUGGAUGAGGAGUAUCUGAAUGAAUUGGGUAUUCUACCUGAGUACAACAAGGAUCAAGAUCCCGAACUGGAAGACAAAUUCAAAGUCUACGGUAAAUCCAGGACCGACUGUGGAGUGAACACUCGGAAUAUGAAGGACACAAUUAUUGCCCUCGCUGGUCAUAUCACCCUUGCCACCAAGCCCGAAGGCUCGGAACCGAUCACCACAGGUAUAAGAAGACGCUUGACUGGGGAGCAAGCGACAAGAGAUUCUCAAGAGGAUCUCACCAGCUACGGUAGUGAUGAAGAUGACUGUUUCAGUUGCUGUACGUAG